GGGCGUCAAUGAGGAAGCACUGCUGUGCCAGCUGUUGAAAUGAGAAGUCUCAGCGGCUUCAUCACUUCAGUGGGACCUUUGUGCUUAUUUCAGAGUGCAGUGAUUUCAAAUCGAUUUUGAAAAGACCGGUGAUUAGUUACGAUUCGAAAAUCGACAAAUAUAAAUAUAAUUUCCGCAAAUAUAAAUAUAAUAACGGAUGAGCGAUAAAGACAAACGCUGGUAAACAAAUGAUCACUUGAAUUGCUUGUGUCGACGAGUUGCUGUAACGUUAGAUCCAUGGAAGUGACCUACAAGAGGGAAAUACUUUUGUUUACUGCAAAUCUCGUCGAUGUUCAGUAACAGUAACGCUCCUUCUUACCUUACUAACUCAAGUCUACCAACAGUUGGGUAGGUGUGUGGAGAAAUAACAUAAUUGCAACGUUAGGCUAGCUAGCAAGCUACAUUCAUUAACGUUAGCCCUCAUUCCCUAGAUGAGGUUGACACUGACUCGCUUACCCUGUUAACCACAGUGCAACACUGGUUCAUCGAUUAAACCGCGGAGUUAUGUCUGGAUUAUGAUAGCAUUUUGCCCAUUUGAAAUACGGGUUACAUCAUACAGUUCUAUGUUUACACCAAAGUUAGCUCAAACUAAAGUACAUCUCUUGUCUCUGGGAUUGUGACCUUCCAUGUCAGUGUAGAGCUACUCACUAGAGAAACUCUGCCAUUUCCGCAUAACCAGCAGCAAACGUUACUUUUAAAGGUGUAUCUAAGUGAGGAACGUUGGGAUAUAAGUCGUUUCGCAAGGGAAGGUACCGAGCUACCGUGAUCGAGAACCUACUGAGACUGUUCUAAAAUGGAAGAUGAAGUCUUUCAGCAGAUCAUGUACAUUGUCAAUCAUCUUGUCACCUGGACAGCUGCCACUGCUAUCAUAUUUGGCGGUGUGGUACCAUACGUUCCCCAGUACAGGGAGAUCAAGCGGACCCAGAACGCUGAGGGGUUCUCCUCCUACGUAUGCCUAGUUCUCCUCGUGGCCAAUAUUUUAAGAAUACUGUUCAGGUUUGGGCGGUACUUUGAGACCCCCCUGUUGUGGCAGAGCAUCAUCAUGAUUGUCACCAUGCUGGUGAUGCUGAACCUGUGCACCGAUGUCCGUGUGACAGCCGAGCUGAACACAAAACGCCGCUCUUUCACAGCGUCAGACAAUAAGGACGAGGAGGUCAAACUCCCCAAGAAGCUCUUUCUGGACUUUGAGUGGGGCUACUUCUGGUCGUGGAGUCGCUUCGUGGACUACCUGCAGUGCGUGCUGGCCUUCACAGCCAUGGCGGCCUACGUCACGUACCUGCUGCUGGACUCGGACCUGUUCGUGGAGAGCCUGGGCUUCCUGGCGGUGUUCACGGAGGCCAUGCUGGGCACGCCGCAACUCUACUGCAACUACCAGAACAAAUCCACAGAAGGCAUGAGCAUUAAGAUGGUGCUGAUGUGGACAAGCGGGGACACCUUUAAGACGGGCUACUUCCUGUUGACGGAGGCCCCGGUGCAGUUCUGGACCUGCGGCCUGCUCCAGGUGUGUGUGGACGUGGCCAUCCUCUUCCAGGUCUACUACUACAGCCGCUACCCCCAGAAGCCUGUGUCCCACACCACACACACCACCAGCGCCAAGGCGCUCUGAGACGGGACCUCUCUCUCUCUCACACACACACACACACACACACACACACACACACACACUACCCGUGCCAAGGCACUCUGCGACAACAUUUCUCUCACACACAAACUCACACCUCCAGCACCAAGGCGCUCUGAGAUGGCAUUUCUCACACACACACACACACACACACACACACACACACACACACACACACAAACACACACUCAAAUCACAAGCUUUGCUUGCAUUCCAUUGCUCAGAGACGACACACGCACACAAACCACUCACAUCAAGAUACACUGAAAUUUGUUCUCUCUCACAAACACUCACACUCACAUACAUACACACAUGCUUACAUGCCAGCAAUACUGAGGCGCAUUGAGACAUUUUCUGUCUCUUAUAUAAUCUCUACACGCAUUAUAGACCCCAGUGUGCACAGCAGGCAUGGGCACACACACACACACACACACACACACACACACAUAUAUAUACAGUAUAUAUUCUGAAACAGGUCAGGAAGACUGCCACACAAAGAUGACCUCUUGAACUCUUUGUUGCAUUUGUCCUUUUUUAAUAUGUUCUUAGUGUUUGUGAAGGAACGCAAUCGUAUUGGCGCAGCUCUGGAAAUGUUUGUGUGGUGUAAGGCAGUUGGCCACUUAAACAUGUUCGCAUCCAUGUAUGUACGACAUAUGUAUACUUUCUCUUCCUCUCUCUCUCUCUCUCUCUCUAUCUCUAUCUAUAUUCUCAUAUACCUGUGCAUGCAUACAAUCUGUGUCUGGUACAAAUGCGCUGCACACAGGGACACUAGAGUGUUGCAUUCUGGGAAGUUCUUCUCUGCGGACACGAGGCCCAGAGCUGAUGAUUGUUGUUGCAUGGACACUGUUGCCUUACAGUCAUUCCUUUACACAAAAAAAGGGCUGGUUUUCUCUUUCUCUGAGGUAAUGUUCCACACUAGCUCAACCAAGGCUCAAUGAAUGUAUGGAGAUUGUUGUAAUGGCGCUUUUUAGGCUAGCUUUGUUUUUAUACUUGGAGGACAAGGUGGUCCAGACUACUCAAGCGUUGCCAUGGUUGGUUGCCAGGCACCCCAUCUACUCCAGAGGCAGAAGGAGAAGCAGAGGAUGGGUUAUCUAGAGGAACUGGACUCUUCUGUGUGCUAAACGGGUAAUCAGGACUCUGUCGGGUCCAUGAUUGGUCCUUCGGCCCAAAUGUGGCAAGGAGGACAAGACCAUGAUCUAUUGCUGAGGCUCAGUGUGUGUGUGUGUGUGUGUGUGUGUGUGUGUGUGUGUGUGUGUGUGUGUGUGUGUGUUCGUAGACGUACAUGUGUAUGUAUGUCCAUGUUUGUUUCGUACAGUGUGUUUGGUUGUGGACUGAGAAUUGAAAAUGUUGUGCACAAAGGGAAGCACAAAGGAAGGGUGUAUAUCUGUGGCCUGCACCUGCGUAACCAUUAGGUGUAGUUUCCUCUAGCCGACCAAGGCUGCACGACACCUAGCACACAACUCCUGAGCGGCUUGUGAUUGCCAUGGUGAUAAAAAGAUGAAGCUGCUGCUGAGUCUCCGCACACAAACACACACACACACUCACUCACACAUACGAACACUGACUCUAGUGGGCUCUUUAAGGAGUCCACAAGUCUUCAAUAGAGCUUUUAUCAAGGUGUCUGUGAUAUUUCUUGGGGUAAUGUAUAAAGGCAUGACAUCAGUUGAAAAGUGUGUGUGUCUGUGUGCGUGCGUGUGCGUGCGUGCGUGCGUGCGUGUUUGUGUGUGUGUGCGUGCGCAUGUGUGGGGCACUUUCAGGGACUCCUUUGGUUUUGAGUGUGUUAGCCACCCUUGUUGGUCUGACGCGGGCUCACUUGUCUUCCCAUGUGUCUUUACCCUCACCAUGUCUCCGCUCUCUGUUAUCCUAGCUCUCAGUGUCCGCUCUGUUGCCAUCAUUUUAGUUUUGUAUGGUUCUGUUCAGUGAGGAGUGGCUGUCAGUGGUUGCCAGUAUAAGAGUUGUUGCCUCUUAUUCAUUUUUAAACUCAAGCCACCUGAACUGUUCAGGACACGCGGCCCAAAAUGACCCAAAAUGGUGGUGGAAGAGUCCCCUGCUGUUCAUUGUAAUGCAUUGGGGAUGGUUCAUUUCAUCAUUUGCAUCUGUUAUGAAGGUUAAGUACCCAAGUAAUGCGAGUGCAGUUGAAGGUGGCCAAGUAUAUUGUUGAAUACCGGUGUGUUUAUAUAUUUUUUUUUAAUUUAUAUUAAUACCGGUGUUUGUGUGUGUAUAUAUACAUAGAUUUUAUACGUUUUUAUUUUUUAUCCUUGUUAUUUUUGUUGUUGUUUUUAUUUUAUAUGUCAAGUUCAUGCUAAGAGCAGUAUAUGAGGUGUACAAGUAUUCCUAUUGUGACGGGGAACUUCCUUUUUGUUUUGUGGUUGUUUUGACACAUUACUGUUGCCAUAGUUUCAUAACCUUGUUUGGUUCAAUACCACACAUUUCCAUGGGAGUCAACACAGAACCUUGUGGUCUUAAGCUUGGUGAGUUAACUUCCCAGGGUACGGAUAAAUAAAUGGAUAUAUAUAUAUGACAGGAUGUGUAGUGUCAUUCUGCAGGUCCUUAACAUUUUCUUUAAGUUGAACCUAUUCAUGAAAGUUACAAGAAAACUACUUCAACUCAGCAAUGAGCCAAAUAAAAAAAAGUCCCUUGAAUGGUCCGCCUUCAGCCUUUGUUGAUUGGCCAGUUGGGUUGAUCGUUUCACCCUCAUCAAUCAGAUUUAAAGGGACGGUGCCAAUCGGAGCUGUCAGAGGCUAACCAGAAGCUUGGGUUGAAUGGUCAGUAAAUGCCCCUGCUCCCCUUUAAUCUCUGAAUGGAGGGAUGACUGCUUUUAAAGGGUCACUGUUCACUUCGCUGUAGACGUAUGGCAUGUGGGAUGUCUGUUAACCCACUUGCAGGGCAGGUGAAACGUUUUCUGCUUGUUUCUUGCCAUUUAUGUUCCCGUGGUAACGGCAGGGGAGGAUGGAGAUCAAUCAGGCGAAUGAGCUGCCAAAUGUCCUGGUGGGUGCACCCUGUGUUUUUGUUUGUCGUAUUUUUUUUUAUUGUUAUGUUGGUUAUGUGAGAAGGGAAGAUGUCAGCAGAAUUCAAAUGACAUCAUUGGUUUUCUUUUGUUUUCUUUGUCCUGAAAUUGCAGAAAAAUAGGUUUGUCAACAAAUCAUCCACAUGAUCUAAUUGAUAAAUGGCUUGUAUGGUAAGUAAUAAGUCAUGAUCAAUGCUGUUUUCUAUGGGUGGCAACUGAGGCUUCGUCAUUUUUAUUCAUCUCGUGUACUCAGUGACAUACCUUAAAGUUUACAUGCUGGUAUGAAUCUCAGAAAUGGACAGAUAAAUAAAAGGGGUUUGCUUUACUGAUUAUUGCUUUAAAUGUACAUGUUAAAAGAUAAAUGUAUUGAAGGUAUGCCAUGAGCCAUUCACAAACCACAACAUCAAACAUGGGUUACUCAAAUCACUUCCUGUUUUUAUUUCAUUUUAUUUGAGGGCUUUGGUGGUUUGUGGUUUUGUUGUUUAAUCUUUCCAAACGUACAUUCCUUUUGCCAGAGAAUGGUCUGUGAAUAUCUGCCAUAUAGGACUUCUAUGCCUAUUUAUGAAAUGCGACAUGGAAUCUGCUCAUUAAAAAAAUAGAGCCAUUCUGUA